AUGUAUGAUUACACUGAAGAUAAUUCAUUAAAUCCUUACCUAAGACAACGAAUAUAUCAUAUAAGAGAAACCUUAAGAAAUGAAAACGAACUUCCCAUAAUUGAUCAAAUUUUUAAGUAUGAAUUAAAAAAAAAUUUUGAAGAUAUAAAUGAUUUAUUGCAUUAUGUUAAUGGAAUUAUUUAUAAAGGUAUUGAUUCAUUUGAAAAAUUAACCUUAUUGUUUACUUAUGAUGACAAAAAUGAUUAUGAUACAACAAAUCUAAAGCAAAAUGAUUUUAUAUACUUAUUAAGGCAGAAAACCAAAUUCCGAAUUAAAUAUAAAGAUGAAAAUUAUAUUGAAUAUUUGAGAACAAAUCCAUUAAUUUUUAUUGAUACUUUAAAUAAUUUAUUGAUUAUACCUGGAAUAAAUUUUGAAUACAGACUUCAUAAUUUUGAUACAAAAAAUAGUAAAUAUUUUCUGAAAAAAUCAGAUACCAAAGUCAAUUCAUUUUAUAACCCUUUUUUUAUUAGAGUAAAAAAUACGAAUUUAAAAAAAACACAUAAAAUUUAUAGGAGAACAGCAAAAAAUUCUAGCACGAACAAAGAACAUCAUAUUGAACAUUAUUUUGUUAAACAAAAUUCCAUACCUUUAACCAAAAAAUUAAAAACAGAUGAUUCGACAAACGCCGAUAGCAAUAAUACCACAAUUCCUUUAAAUACCUUAUGUGAAGAAAUUUCAAGCAAAGAACAAACAUGUAAUACCCAAAAUAAUUAUACCAAUCAUAUAUGUGAAAAACCAAUUAAUCAAAAUAUUAGCAUUCAUAGUCAAACAAAAUCUGAACCUAAAAAAGAAAGAAGAAAAAGAAGAAGCCUAAAUACAUCUACCAUAUCAGAUGCUAAUAAUACUGAUCUUGGAAAAAAUAGCAAAAGAAAUAUUAGCAGAAGUCUUAAAAGAAAGGCUAGUCAAUCAAACAGUACAAAACAGUCCAAAUGUGAAGAAGAUGCGCAACAAGAGGAUGAAGAAACGACGAUAGAAGAAGAAAACAAAAAGAUAAAAGAAGUUGAAAAAGAAAAAAUAAAAGAAGAAUCAAAUACAAAUGGAAAAGUGAACGAAAAAAUUAAUAAUAAAAAUGACCAAUAUGCUGAAGAUUACGGUGACAAUAUUGAUCAAGAAGAUUAUAGUAGCUUAAAUAAUUAUUCUUCAUCAACUAAUUCUCCAAAAAAUACUAAGAGCACUUAUUUCUUUUAUGAUCUAAUUAAUGAAUAUGAAAUAUAUAUUAACCAUGCCAAAUGUUAUAUAAUAUUUGAUAUAAAAAGUUAUUAUAAAAAUUUAGACAUUAUGAAAAAACUAAAAAAAAAUUUAGAAGAAUUAAAAAAACCAAACAAUCUGUUCAAAGAAAUAACACAAAAAAAAACGUUCAAAUCUUCUAGAGAUAAAAUGGAAUUUAUUAAAAGAUUUAAAAAAAUGAUUAUUCCAAAUUUUAGAUUAGAAAAAAUAAGGAAACAAAGAAAUCAUUUAGUUAUAAUUGAACUUAUGUCAAAGAUACAAAAUAGCUUAAUUAUCAAAAGGUUAUAUAAAGAAUUACUUGAAAAAGUAAAUAUAGAAGAGUUAAUAAAAAAUAUGGUAAUUUUAUUUGAAAAAUGUGUAUACAAUAUGAAAGAACAAGAGAUAAAAAAUUUUUAUCUCAGAAUGAUUCAUACUUAUUUUCGUAGUAAGGAUGUAAAAGAAAUAGACUUUAGAAAAUUAAUACAACAAUUUAAAAAGAUUGAAGAAUAUCGAAAAAAUCAAGAAUUUUAUAACUUAUUCCAAAAUGAUCUGAAUUAUUUAGAAAAAAACAAAAGAGAAUGUCAAGAAAUAGAGGAAAAAAUUCACUCAUUGAAAUAUUUAAUUUUAGAAUCAAUAUUAAAAGAAAAACAAUUAGAAAGAUCCGUAAACAGAUUAUUAUUAAAUCAUGAACAGUCCAAAUAUGGAUAUUUUUAUAAAGUUGAUCAAAGUGAUGAAAAUAAUCUAGAUACGACAGAAUAUGGAAAAUUAUUAGAAAAUUUUUCAAAGGAACCUGUCAACUUUUAUACAAUUUUAAAUAAAAGAAACCUUGAUAAACAUGCAUAUCAUGACAUAAGAAAUUUUAAUUAUAAAAAAAAAAAUAUUGAAGAAGAACAAGCAAAACAAGUAAAUAAUAACAACUAUAAUAAUGUUAAUAUUAAUGGAGAAGAUCCCCAUAUAAAUAAUAAUCAGAACUUAAAUGAAGAAAAACAGCCCUCAGAACGUAUUGAAAAAAAUGAAAAAGACCAAAUAAUAAACACAAAUGCACAAAAGGAAAAUAAAAUAAGUAACAUAAAAGAAAAACAAUCUCCAAAGGAUAAUCACGUAAAUAAAAAUGAUAAUAUGAAUAAACAAUAUUAUAAAUGUAAAAUUAAACAAAUGAAUAAUGAAAAGAAAAAUGAUGAACAGAAAGAAAAAAAUGUUGUAUUAAAAAAAAAAAAAAAAUACAAUGCAUUUAAUAUAUUCCCUAAAAAUAAUAAAAAGGAUUCCAAUGAACCAUAUGAUAAAAAUUAUUUCAGAAAAGAAGAAAAACUUUUAAGCACCAUAAAUUUGAGAAAACGUUUAGCAGAAAUAGAUAAAAAUCCAUAUUCUAAAAGUGAAGAUAAUAAUAAUAAUAAUAAUGAAUUAUCAGGUGAAGGUCGUAUAUCUUCAACUGGUCCAUACAAAACGGAAGAAUACUUAAAUGAAAUUAAAAAAGAUAUUGUUCGUUGUAUAUGUGAAAAAAAAAAUUAUAAUUUUAUUAAUGAAAAACAAGAGAAAAUAAAUAAUGAAAUAUUUUAUAAAGUUUUCGAACAAUAUCCUUACAGUUUUUUCUCAAAAUCAGUCAAAAAUUAUAACAUAAUAUUAAAUGAAAACGAAGAAGAAUCAGAGUUAUCAUGGCUAACCAUGCUCAAAAAAAAAAGUCAUAACAGAUCUAUUUUACCUCCAAGUAGAGAUACCUUUAGAGAUGGUACCCAUUUUUCUAAUUGUCGUGCUACCGAACACACACUCAAAUUUUUUUUAUCUCUCUUAACCUUAUUAAGAAAAGGGCCCAUUGAUAUAAAUUUAAAAAAAUAUUUAAAAAAAAAUAUUCAAUUCUUAAACACUGAAUUAUUUAGUAUGAAAUUAAAUUUGGAUAAAAAAAGAGCAAUACUUGAAAAACGAUUAGAUCAUUUUAAUUUCCAAGAAAAUUCAGAAUUCUCAUUUUAUAAUCCAUUAAAAAUAAAUAUAAGAAUGAUGAACUUAAUUGGAAGAGGAGGUUUUGCUGAAGUAUGGGAAGUUUUUGAUUCUAUCAAUUUAGAAAUGUAUGCAGCAAAAAUUCAUAAAAUUGAACCAAGUAUGUCCAAUGAAAUCAAAAAUAAAAUUAUUCAAAGAGCAGAAAAUGAAAUAAAUAUACAUAUACAUUGUCAUAGACAUAUAUUUAUUGUUAAAUUAGAAUUCUUUUUUGUAUUUGGGUCAGCAACCAAUUUAUUAGUUGGAAUGGAAUUAUGUGAUAUUGAUCUAGAUAAAUAUAUUAAAUAUCAUGGGCCAAUUAAUGAACUAUUAGCUUUAUGUUGGAUUAAACAAAUAUUAUUAGGUUUAUUAUAUAUGAAAAAUUUACCAACUGGAAAAGUACACCAUUGUGAUUUAAAACCUGCCAACUUAUUAAUAAAGGAUGGAAUUAUAAAAAUAUCUGACUUUGGACUAGCUAAACUAAUUUUACCAGAUACACAUCAAUAUUACAAUGGAGGUGGUACAUUGUAUUAUCAACCACCAGAAUGUUUAAAAAAUAAAAAAAAUCUACUUAUCACAGAUAAAAUUGAUAUCUGGUCAUUGGGAUGUAUUCUUUAUGAAAUGCUCUUUUGUGAAAGACCUUUCCAAUUUAAUUACCUUGAAAAAUGUUCAAAAGAAUUAUUAGUUAACAAAAUGAAAAAUGGAUUAACCUAUCCAAAAAUUAAUCAAAAAAUUUCGAAUGCUACUUUAAGUUACAUACAAUAUUUACUAAAUUUCGACUAUGAAUUACGACCAUCUAUAGAAGAGGCCUUAAGCUAUCCAAUUUUUAACUACUUUAAUAUACCAUAA